AGUUUGUUGUUUGUUAACAAUUUAGUCCUAAUAAACUAACUAUGGAUUUCAAGUCGACAACUUUGAAUGGAAGAAGAAGCUCAGUAGAAACUGUCAAAGCGUACACACUGAGAAAGAAGAGCUCACAAUCUAAUAUGAGCAUUGGUAGUUCAAACAACUCAUUCAGAUCCACUUCAUCGUCUUCUUCAAAGUCAAUAAAGAGUGUCGUCGUCAGUCCACCAAGGUUGAGCUCAAAACAUUACGGAAUCUCAUCACGGACGAAUACACCAGAUCCAUUCAGUUCAACUAGUCAGACUAGCUGGUUUAGUCCCGAAUUUAACCUCUAAAUAACAAGUAGAGGAACAGUGUCCACAUUCCUUUUGCAUCACAAUUUCGAUACCCUUGUCAAUACUCUGCAUAUGUAUUUAUACAAUAAAUCGUUAACAUAGUUU